UCGAUGACCGAAAGAAUGUAAAUAAUGCCGUUCUGGUUAGACGAUCUCUGCGUCGGUUGAGACAGUUUCCACAGCCUCAUUGUUGGCUGUACCGUAGAACUAAAGUGUUAGAGGCGUUGGGAAGUGAACGCUUUGAAACAUUGAAUCUCAUAAAUCCGGGUUGUGAGUGAUAGAUUGCGGCCAAUUCUGGUACGAUACUUACCUUGAUAUUGUAGUAAGUAACCGUAUACUUUGUGCCAAGUGAAACAGUGACAAUGUAAAUCAGUCGUGGAAAGGAACUGCUAAAAAUAAUCGCUGCUAUCAGUACUUUCGAAGCGCUAACUAUUCCUUCAGUGUGACGUGACGGAGCUGCACCGAUGCAGUUGUGCUUCUUGCAGUCAUAUAAAGGCGAUUCGUUAGCACGAGGCAUUCAGAAUAAAGGAGAUAGUUAUCAGUGCAGUGAUGAUCGAGUACAACGAUAACAAAUCGUUCGGAGAAAGUGAACCACUGUUGGGUAAGAAAUUGUAUCGGAACGUGCCAGUACCGGGACCAUCGCGGAUUGGUCGGAAUUCCAGCCAGGAGAAGUACCGAUGGCUCACGAAAGUUUUCAUCAUCCCCCAGCGGGUAGUCCUGUCGAUCUUUGGCUUUCUGGCGAUCCUCAAUGCAUACACGAUGCGGAUCUGCCUCUCGAUCGCCAUCACCGAGAUGGUCAACAAGACGACCAGCGCCGAGCAGGAGGAAGGUGUCUGCCCAGCGGACGAUGACGGCGGCUCCACCGAACACAGCGGUGGCGAGUUCAACUGGGACCAGGAGCUACAGGGUAUCAUUCUGUCCUCGUUCUACUGGGGUUACGUGAUCACUCAUCUGCCGGGUGGAAUUUUGGCGGAGAAAUUUGGCGGAAAGUGGACGCUUAGUUUGGGUAUUCUGUCGACGGCAGUAUUCACGCUGAUCACACCUUGGGCGGUGAACCUGGGCGGAUCGACGGCACUGAUCGUGAUCCGUGUGUUGAUGGGUCUAGGCGAGGGAACUACUUUUCCGGCGUUGAGCGCUCUAUUAGCUUCGUGGAUACCGCUGAAAGAGCGGAGUAAGCUCGGUUCUCUGGUGUUUGGCGGUGGACAGAUGGGUACGAUUCUCGGGAAUUUGAUAUCCGGGUUGCUGCUACACAACAUCGAAGGAUGGUCGUCCGUGUUCUACUUCUUCGGUGGAAUGGGAGUCUUAUGGUUUAUUCUAUUCACUGUCUUAUGCUAUAGCAACCCCGAAUCACAUCCUUUCAUCAGCGACAAGGAAAAGGAGUAUCUUCAGAAGGAAAUGGGAACACUGUCACGUGACAAGUCACUGCCUCCGACACCGUGGCGACACCUGCUAACUAGCGUGCCCCUGUUGGCUUUGGUUUGUGCCCAGAUCGGUCACGAUUGGGGCUUCUUCAUCAUGGUGACGGAUCUUCCCAAGUACAUGAGUGAUGUUCUGCGGUUCUCGAUCAAGGAUAACGGGCUCUACUCCUCGCUGCCAUAUCUGUUGAUGUGGAUCGUAUCGUUGUCUACGGGAGUUUUGAGCGAUUGGUUGAUCUCGUCUGGUAGAAUGUCGAUCACCUUCGGUAGGAAACUAUUCACGACAAUUGCAUCCGCUGGACCGGCUUUCUUCAUCGUGGGCGCUUCCUAUGCCGGUUGUGAUCGUUUUCUGGUGGUGGCACUGUUCACCCUAGCAAUGGGUUUCAUGGGUACCUUCUACCCGGGAAUGAAGGUCAACCCGUUGGAUCUGAGUCCCAAUUAUGCGGGCAGUCUGAUGGCUGUUACCAACGGUAUCGGUGCCAUUACGGGUAUCGUCGCUCCGUACGUCGUUGGAAUCAUGACUCCGAAUCACUCGCUCGAAGAAUGGCGCAUCGUGUUCUGGAUCUCGUUUGCCAUAUUUCACGUGACCAAUUUGAUGUACGUAUUGUGGGCUUCCGGUGAGGUGCAACCCUGGAACACUCCCCACUUGAUGAACAAAUCUGUGGAAGCUGGAGACUCCAAGCACGAUGCUUUCAGCAACGGGAAGAAAAAAUCGGAUGCAGUUAAGGCAGCAAACUAAUCGAGUAGGAAGUUGUAGUUUCCUAGAUUUUGUUAUUACCUAAUUUAUUUAAUCCGGUAGGAACGUCCAGAAUUUUGCUCUGGAGCCAGUGAUACGUAUUACGAGACCAGCUCCACUUCUCUUGAGGAGGAGUCACUUAAACCGUAAACUUUCGUAAUAAUUGCGAUAUUUUGUACAAACAUUUCUUGAGUAAGGUCAAGUAUUACGGAUUUAUUUAGCAAUUAUUUGCCACUAUGCCUGAGUGACGUUAGAAAUAAAUUCACAUAAGUAUUCGUCAUCGAAGACUGGGCGGCAUUGAACGGGACCGGCCAUUCGAUGUGAAAGAAUUAUGAGCCUCAUAAAUUGCAUUCGCCGAGUACGCGGCUGCAUUACUAGUUGACUGGAACCGCGAUGUGGCAGGCAGGCAGGUAAUUUCGUUAGCGUACUUAGUAGGAUCUUUCGCGCACUUUUUUGACAGAUGAACAUCUGAUCGGUACUCUGUGUGUUGAUAGAAACCAAUAGAAAAAAGUCAUGCGACUUACAUAAACAUUGUAAACAUGUGCCACUGAACUGAGAGCUGUCUCACUGUAUACCUAAUGUAUGUGUUUUUGUACAUUGUUCAAAAUAAAAGUAGUAUUAUAAGAUGUAGAGAA